CGUCAGUAGUCACGUGCUGAGGGAACUGGGACACUGGUGGCAGCGACGUGUGGCUGGGGCUGGACCUGACAGUCACAUGACACGUAGAGUGUACAAGACACUGGUAGCCAGGUAAAUAGUCGAAGUGUAGCGAGAUAUGAUAAUACAGCCACGUGUGCCUGGGGCUGGGCCUGCCAGUCACGUGACCAGUGACGUGCACAAAACUCUGGUAGCAGGUGAGUGUCAGUAAUGUGGGGAACGGUUUGAAAAAAGUAGGAAGGAAUUGAAAGGAGAUUAGUGAUUGCUCUCACGAUUUCUUUACAUCAAAGCACAGUAUACCAAACACUUCGACUUCGUUCUUCUUUCAUAUUAUUAUUAGAGUAAAGUUCUCUCCUAUUUUUAUUUUUUCGUUACACGUUUCUUUAGUUUAGAUAUCUAAAGAUGCCUUCCUUUGAAGUCCCAAGGGUACUUUUCUGCAGAAAUAUCACAUAAUUGGAAAUCAGAAAAUCAGAAAUCCAUUUUAAUCUUCGAUCUGUCUUCUAAUUUCAUUUAAUUGUGCCAUAUAUAUUAUCUUUGGUGACUCGUUGAAUAGAUGAUUUUACGUCGUCGUCCUCGUCGUCGAAAAAACAGUUUGUGAGGUCAGAAUAAUUUUACUAGGUUCUGUGGUCCGGCGACAACAGUGACUGUGCCAUGUACAUCUCCCCCUCGCCUGAGUGUCAAGACCCUGAGCCACCUGGUGUCGUUGACAGGAGAGUGCUACACUGCUCAAAUAGCUCUGUUCCCGGAGCAAGUUCACCUGCUCAACACGAUGCCUCCCAUGGUGUAUCUGUCAGGACCGCCAGGUACAGGUAAAACUGUGGUGCUGCUGCUGGUGGCGAUGGAAUGGCUGCGAUGUGGCCACCACGUCUACAUCGUCAGCGUCUGGUCGGAAAGUCACGUGGCGUGCAUCAUGCUGUACCACCUGCUGCUGCAGACUAUCAGCACACAGCAAACAGCAGGGGUCACAGGGGUCACAGCUGGCCACCUUCACCUCCUGCAGUAUGAGUUUAAAGCUACUGGAGGCAAAGACGUGGACAAGGCUGUCAAUGAAUUGUCGCAGGCGGCCAAUGGACGGCCGCUGUAUGUCAUCGCUGAUGAAAUGUCAACUGACAACUUCGUGUUCUUCUUUAACAAACUACUAAUGCAAGUUCCUCGUCUCCAUUUUUGGGCGGCUAGUUGUUAUCAUAUUAUGAUACCCGGUGCCUGGUCCUCGGAAUUUCUCACCAGACCCCUCCGUUGCCCGCCGGUAGUCGUGCGGGAAGUGGAGAAGGACAAGAAAAUAGCUCAACACCAGUUUGUCCAGCCAUACACUCAACGUGGCAUACCUGACCACACAGACGGCCCGCCAGUCAAGGUGUUGUACCAUCGACCCUUUCAAGAUGACCACUCGCCCACCCACCCAGCUGACUGUGUCACUUGUGGUCGUGAGGUGGCCAGCUUCCUACACAGUCUUCGUGUUGGUCUUCCAGAGACCGUCACAUCUACGACAACCCCAACACCGCCGUGCCUGCAGUGGCGAGACGUGAUGGUGGUGUACUGGAGAGAGGAGAGUGCUGAUCCCAGAAUGGUGACGGGGCUGAGGGCAGGCGGUGUCGCCGCUCGCCUGAUGACGGAUGACGACAUGGAGGACGUGGCCACGGCGCGCAGUGACGUGGUGUGGGUGGGGGAAGGGCAUCGUAUGCAGGGUCUGGAGAGGAAAGUCGUCGUCUGCGUGGAUCUCGGGGAUGUUGCUGCUCGAAGAUUUAGAGCCAUGUCUCGGUGCACGUCACAACUUGUCAUUGUCAAACUAGACAGUUCCCACGGACAUUAAUACCUACACCUGUCACCUCUUGUGGUUGUAGUCUCUGAACCUGUUGUUGUUGUUGUCGUCGUCGUCGUCGUCUGUUUCAACUUAAGAGGUGAUUUGUAGCGAAUAUAAAACAAAAACUUACAAAUAUCUAAAUUGUGUAUUUGUAUAUUGAAAAUAUAUAUAGAAAGAGAGAUGGGUCACUAAACUCUGUGGUGCUCAGUCUUUUCACUAUAACGUUGACGGUAAAGAGCUUCGGUGUCGGCAGGACCGCUGUCUGUAUGGAGACUGGAGCUGCCACCUUGGCCCUGGUGCUCCAGCUUCCUCCUAAAUGUAGCUCUUAGUUUAGAAAUGUGAUGAGUUGUGUGACCAGAAAUACACUUUGGGAACAUUCUUCGUGUACAUCAAUUAGCUUAGAGUAAAAUUGGUUUCAUAUAUCCGAUUUUCCUUUAAAGUCGCAGUUUCCAAGAACCUGUCGACGACGUUGAGUGACGACUUGACGACCAGUUUCAUCGCCUCAUGUUGAUCGGUCCUUCUCUGUACAAGUCGCCCCACACUACACGAGGCACAUACGGAGUAAAUACACGUGAGGCAUGCUGGUAGUCAGGACAGGGUCGCAGUGAAGUUGUCUUGAGACUUAUUAUGUAUAUAUUAUGAAUAUUGUGUGUAUACACUUGUGAAAAUACAGUCAACACAGUUCCACAGCCUUGUUUAUUUUCUUGUUGGCUAAGUCGUGCAUGAGUUAAUACAUGAUUGUGCUCUGGCUAUCUCAAGGUUUUCUGCCUUUACUGAAGGAAAAAAUAAUCCGGUGUAACACCGCACGUGACGUGAAACAUACUUUCAGACAUUCUGAUUGGUUGAAACCUUUACCUCCGCAUUCAAGGUGAAAAAAAAAAAUUCCGCACACGGGCUGUCGGAAAAUCCUCCUGAACGUAAGUUUUCCUGCGUAGUUUCUAAAUUUAGCUGUUUACACAUCAGCACGAGAAGAACAAGAAGGAAGAACUCUGGGCUCCUGACACCUUGUCAGUACAGACAGGAGGACAGGAGGACACUUGCUAUGAUUCACCUUCACCACGGUGUCUGGCGACUUUCAACAAAUCUCUAUGACAACCGAGAAUGUUUGACCACGUGACCUGUGCUACCCAUGAGCCUCGUGUUCCGUCAGCUCGUCAGCUCCGCGGUGUGUAGCUGUCAGAGGCUGGGUGAGCACUGUGUAGUGUGUUGUCAUUAUGUAAACAUUUCAUAUUGUAUUUGUGGUCAUGUUAUCGCUGUUUGUAGACAAACACGUUUUCAGAUAUACUGGACUGCCGACAGCAUCAUGGCUAGAGGUGUGUCGCUGUAAUACAGUAUUCACUACAUUCACUGUCAUUCAUUAUUCAGGUGAUAACACACACGACAGUGCUCUCCCACUGUAGACACUUGAGUUUUCUGGCCGUCAGACGAUCCGGGUUGCGAUAACAGGAGCGAGGUGGUGGUGGUGGUGGUGCUGGUGGUGGUGGUGGUGGGAGAGGGAGAAGGAAGUAAGUGAACACUGUCCCUGUGUGCGAAAACUGUUUUCCUGACUGCGCAUGUCAGAGCUGUGUAUGACUUUGCUUUGCAAGGCAGGGUAUUCACCCUGACCAAAGAUAUUAAACGGAGAGAAUAGACAAACUGGCUGGUUGGCUGGCUGAUUGGUUGCUUGCAUGGUUUAGUAAGAAAGUGCAUUUCAGUUUCCUCGCCAUCCGUCAUUUCCCUCGCCCAUAAUGUGAAGCCACCAACAGACAGAACAGCUUCCUGCUAAAUAAAGCCACCAACGAGACAGUCCAUUGCUGUAGUGUUGUUGUGAGGAACUCUGGGAAGGGUGGGUCUGGGAGCAAGAAGGUUGAUGGUGAGUGGAGCUGUCUCCCUCCCAGAGCGAGUGGGCGCGUGCAGGACUGAAAGACUAACAUUUGUCUGGAUCAUUCCAUUUGACCUGAGGAAGGGUGGUUCAGUCAUCAAAGUCCUCGUUCCCACAGUUCGACAGCUUCGGCAAUCUCCGAUAACCUCGCUUGUCCAAGAGGUCGCUCGUGCCAGUGCUUUUCUACACUGUCUUUUGAAAUAGAAACAGUGUGGAAGUCUUUUAUUCCAGAGAUUUGUUACUUAUUUGUUACUGUCCCAAAAAAUAAUUAUCGUCUGUGGUCAGUUGAUGACUACUACAGAUGAGUGUGUGAUCUUUCCCGGAAGUCGAAUCUGUGAACUUGACUCCAGCAACCACGCACCUGUGUCGGCAGACAGUCUGAGGACAAGAGGUUUGUCUAAGGUGAUGAACACUACAACUGGUGCUCUUUCUUCCACUCGAUCUGUCAUCUCUCUGAUUCUAACACAUAGAUGUAUAUAUAUCCACAGAUAUGCUCCGGGAAGACUAGUGUCAGCCAUGUCUGUGCAGUCGCCGUUUUCUUCACAACAGGUGAGACACUGACAGGUGAGACUCUGACAGGUGAGACACUGACAGGUGAGACACAGGUGAGACACUGACUGAGGUGCACACUAGUUUUGGUACAGUAAUGUAUAAACUCCACUCCAUAGAAACCAGCUAGACGUCUACUACAGUGAUAUAUAUGUACACACACACACAGUGCCCUCCAUAAUAUCAGCCAGUAAUCUAUUACAGUCACAUAUCAGUGUGUGUGUGUGUGCGCGCGUGCUCGACUCCAACGAACAUGCCAUGCAGUAAUCUACUACAAUAUCAGUUAAUAUAUAUAUACUCCAGUCCACUGUCCCCGCCAGACCAAAAGUCUGUUAUAAUAUAACAUGUAUACAGUCCAGUCCAUAGAAUCUGGCAGUAAUCUGUUAUAAUGAUCUCGGUCAUCACAGGCCCAGACAUUCUGGCUCCAGUGGGUUGAGGCCGCCUACCCUAAACUCCACUCACGCGCCUACUUCCUGCCUCCUGUCUACGUCAACCGCGUGCCGCUGACCAGAGAGUCGGUAGCUGGUCAGGAUGUUUUAGUCCUUCAGCAAGUGACCCAGCAGGCCGGUCAGUGCAGCCAGCCGCAGGUCCUCCCAUCCACUUCUCAGGCUUCCAUGUGUAAACUGCCUGUAGUUCAUGACAGUGAUGUCCGAGACGACGCCGCCAUGCAGCGGGUUCUCUUCUGUCUGCAGCAAUUGUCUGAACAGAGAGGAGAGGUGUUAGUUGGACUCAGCCAGCUGCAGUUUGAACGCUACCUGAGUGAACCGUGUUACACUUCCGCAGCUGCCCACCUGCCCGUGCCCUCCAGCAUUCCUCCUUCUCUGCCCCGGAACUGGAAACGAGGAGACUUUGAUGUACUUCUUAUUCACCGACAUUACGGUUUUGUCGUCUGUGAGGUGAAGGCCUUUGGUGACAACACACAGGCACUGAACAUGUCACAGCAGGAUAUAGACAACAACAUUAGAAAGAAACUAGAACAAGCCGUGACACAGCUGGACAAGGCGGAGGCCAUGUUGUCUCACCUGGUGUCCGACAUCGCUCCCGGUCUGCGCAUCACUAAGACCAUCGCCUUCCCCAACCUCACGGCUCAUCAGGUGCAACAGGCCAUCUCCGUGCGACACCCAGCUGACUGAAAAUCUUUGUCGGUGUCUGGGAACGACAGACCCAGCCGCCAUCACCGGACUGUGUCUGUGCUGUGACCAGUUGUCUGACCACAAGACCCCGUCUGACGUCAGUAGUCACGUGAUGAGGGAACUCGGACACUGGUGGCAGCGACGUGUGGCUGGGGCUGGACCUGACAGUCACAUGACUGAUGCUGUGUACAGGACUCUGGUCGCCAGGUUCUGCGGUCCGGCGACAACAGUGACUGUGCCAUGCACAUGUCCUCCACGUGUGAGUGUCAAGACCCUGGGUCAGGCCGUGUGGUGGACAGGAGAGUGCUAUACUGCUGUAAUCACACUCUUCCCGGAGCAAGUUCACCUGCUCAACAAAGCAGAUCCUAGGGUGUUUGUUUCUGGUCCACCUGGAACAGGUAAAACUGUGGUGCUGCUGCUGAUGGCGAUAGAGUGGCUGCGGUGUGGUCACCACGUCUACGUUGUAUGUACCUGUAGUGAAAGUCGUGCAGCGUGCAUCAUGCUGCACCACCUGCUGCAGCAGACUGUGACCAGCCUCAUGGCAGCAGGUGUAUCACCCGGGCAGCCUCACCUCCUGCAGUAUGAUUUUCGUGACAAAGAUGAAGACGUGGAGAAGGCAGUCAACGACUUGUCACAAGCGGCGAGGGGAGAGUCGUUGUAUGUCAUCGCUGAUGAAGCAGGUCCUGAGUACUGGUUACACUUUCCGAUUUUCUGUCAAAUGCUGCUGAAACAAGUUCCUGGUCUCCAUCUUGGGCGGCAAGUUGUUACCAUGGAGUCGCACCCGCAAGUGGGUGGCAAGUGGAAUAUUUAACCAGACCCCUCCGCUCUCCACCGGCGGUCGUCAGGGAAGUCGAGCAGAACCAGUACAUCACCGAGUACUGUGAUGUCCGGCCGUACAGAGACCGAGGUGCCCGACCACACAGACGGCCCGCCAGUCAGACGAGUGUAUCACCGAGGUGAGGGUCACAGCGCUGACACACUGACUGACUGCGUCACGUGCGGGCGCGAGGUGGCCAGCUUCCUACUCAGUCUCCGUGGAAGUAUUCCGGCUAAUAAUCCGACAUCUCAGACGUCCAGCUGCACCAGCGGCUGCACCACACCAUCCUGCCUGCAGUGGAGAGACGUGGUGGUGUUGUACUGGCGUGACGUCACCGACAGCUCGGGGAUGGUGACGGCAAUGAAAGAGGCGGGGAUCCCAGUGCAGGUGAUGAAGGAUGAUAACAUCGAGGAUCUCGCUAAAGCCCACAGUGAUGUGGUGUGGAUGGCAUUCGGAGGUCACGCACGUGGUCUGGAGAGAAAGGUCGUCGUGUGCCUGGAGUCUGGGGUCAGGUCAGCACGACUUCACAGGAUGUCCCGAUGCACAUCGCAGCUCGUGGUUGUCUCCCAUGACGACUAACCGCCUGUGCUCCAAUGAAAGUCUUUCGUUUAGAGCAGUGUACAUGUGUUUGCCAGCAUCCAAUCAGCAGUGACCAGUUUUCUUGGAGUCGGACACAAACCGGAAACUGGGGGCAAGUGUAUAUGCUUGAAACAACCAAAACAAUGAAAGCGAAGCGUGACUUAACCUGCAAUUGAUGAAAGACACCUUCACGGUCUGUAUGUGUCUGGCUCUUCCACCUUUGACUACUUGGAAGGGGAGAACACCUGCAGGCUGCUGCCAUCGUCAACAUCUUUCUUCCCGAGUGAGGGGAAUCGGACAGGAAGAGGUGGGCGAUUUAAAAGAAUAAAACCGUUUUCACUCAUUUGAAUAAUAGAUGUACAGUAAAUUACACAUCAACAGAACAUCAUUAAUCAGCCCAAACAAAGCACAUUAAGGGCUUUAAAGAGAUAAUUUAAAAUAAUAAUACUUAUCAACAUUUCUUUCUGUUUACACAAUAUGUGUAUAUAUAUAUAAUUAAAUGAUAUAUGAGCUGA